UAAUCCCAAGCCAAGGCUCAAACAAGGAAAAAACCAGACCGAUAGACCUUGUGGAGGAUGAAGGCCCAGAUGUAGUGUCGACAAUCAUUGGAAAAUAUGGACGAUGGCAGCUUCUCAUGACGUUCCUACUCUCCCUGUUCUCAUUACCAUGCACGUUUCAUAUUUACCUGCCUACUUUUACUGCAAAAGCAACUAAAUUCUGGUGCAGUAGGCCCGACAAUUUGUCAAAUUUGUCAAUAACCGAAUGGAUCAACUACAGCCAGCCGAUCAACGCUUGCAGUGUACGAAAACUGCCUCCAGGAAUAACAGCUGAAGCGAUACUCAAUCACACUGCUCCAAUUUUGGCAAAUUUAUUCGAAAAAUGUACUGAAUGGGAGUACGAUAGAUCAGAAGUAGGGAACACAAUAAUAACCGAAUGGAACUUGGUGUGUGAUAACGCAAGUCUUACGAGUUUGGCUGAAGUCGUCUUUUUGAUAGGAAUUGGCGUAGGUGGAGUUAUCGGAGGAUGGAUUUCAGACAGAUUCGGACGUAAACGUAUUUUGAUGGGCAUGAUAACAGCGCAAAGCGUUUUGGCCAUUCUGUCACUACUGGUCAGGUCAUAUGUCCAAUACGUGGUCGUAAGAUUGAUUAUGGGAUUCGUCUCCGUGUCAGUGGUGUAUGCAGCUUUUGUUCUUUCUGUAGAACUCGUCGGUGGUAAAUGGGUCACCAUCGCCGGUGUAUGCAACUUCUUUCCUUUACCGCUGGCGUACCUCAUUGUCUCACUGUUGUCUUUAGUCCUACCAAAUUGGAGAGAUCUACAACUGGCAUUGUCGAUACCCGGGUGCCUAUUGAUUGCGCUAUGGUUUGUUUUGCCGGAGUCACCAAGAUGGCUACUGAGCAUGGGAAAAACUCAAGAAGCGAAACUGAUGUUGCAAAAAGCAGCUAUGUUCAACAAACGAGAGCUACCCGCGGAUAUCGACAAGCUGUUGUUAUUACAAAAAUCGGAGACACGAGAAGAAGGUCCCAGCGUUACUAUGCUCUUUAAGGGACCUUUACGCAAACGGACGAUUUGUUUAUUCGUAGCUUGGUUUUGUAUGACCAUUGUGUACUAUGGACUAUUAUUGAACAUUGGGAAUUUCAACAUAGGAAAUCUCCACAUGACAUCAAUAAUCCUGGCAAUAGUCGAGAUCCCUGCCAUUGCCGUGAGUGUACCCAUUCUUUUAAAGGGAGGGAGACGAAUCCCAAUUGUCAGCAGUAUGAUAAUAUGCGGUCUGGCCUGUGUGGCCAGCGAAUUAUUCUCGAUAGCGUUUGAACAAGAAUGGGUGAUGAUACUGUGUUUGAUGGUUGGAAAAUUUGCUAUUGGAUCAACGAACAUGAUGUUACCGAUAUACACUGUGGAACUAUAUCCAACCGUAGUGAGAAAUUUGGGCGUUGGAGCGAGCCAAAUGUCAGCUGGUUUGGCAUUGAUUUUCAUUCCGUAUCUGUGGAAGUUGGCAGCACUGAAUGAACAUUUACCGAUGGUCACAAUAUCAGCUUUAGGGGCAAUCGGCGGUGGCAUUGUGCUAAUCCUUCCGGAAACGGGACAGUUACAAGAGCCACCAACGACUGUUGUUGGAAAAUUACCGCAAUAUGACAGCAACUCUCCUUGCAACGGAACGUUUACGGUCGCCGACGAGAGAGGGCAUUAGUUAAUUAAAGCAAGAAUGAUUCUUGGAUUGGUUUGAAUUCGAUUUCUUUUGUGAACACAUACUUUAUAGUAUAAAUGUUUCAAAAUUUUGUGACAAUCUGUUUGAUGGUUGAAAGACAAAUUCACUUUGUUAAUUAUUAUAAGUUUGACAAAGUUCAAUCAUGAUUUGAGCACGUAGAACGGGAUGGGUUAUAAGUUCAAGAACUAAAUUCUUUCUUUACGCCAUCAUGUCCUACUUCAGGAAAGGGUUAUGCGAAUAUUUUAUGAUAAGCAACACCUUAGCAUUUUCGGUGACCGUAGGUUAUGCCAGACACUUCAAUUCUUCAAUGUCGUAAAGAUCCUCAUCAGGAUAAUCGGAUAAUGUUGUUAAAUUAUUGUAUUGCCAUCGGUCCUUGAUGAGUGUAUCAAGUUUCAAUUCAAUUCGAUAUUUGAAGGCGGUUGAAUUCAAUUUCAUAGAUUCCGUUACACAAAUACAUACCAAGCUACCUACUAAAAGCAUUUUAAAAAACACUGCAUUACUAUUCUCUGUUAAAUGACAUUAAACUUUAAUAUAUUUUAAUUUGAUCUUGUAAUUUUAGUUAACAACUGAGAUUUUUUCGAAUUUAAUUUUAAUUCUUAUAUUAUAAAUUGUGUUAUUUUUAAAUUAUAAAUGUAAAUAAACUUUGUAAGUUCAGUACGUACCGUGUAUAAGUAACGCUAGCUAUAAGUUCUUACUUAAUGAAAUAAUACAUUUAUAUUAUAUCAAUUCUAACAAAGAUAUACUAUCAUAUCGUCUGAUAUCGUGAUAUUUAUGAUAAUUUAUAUUAUACAGCUACCACUUUUCAUUAGGCAAAAGGUUUUUAUAAAAACAAAGAACUAAUACUCGUUUUUUUUGUAUGGUUUUAGCGGACAAAAAGUAAUUAUACUUCAAAAAAUCUAAAUAUAAUUUACUAGUAAUCUGUUGAAAAUUUAAAACUAACCUCAAAACUUAAGCUUACAAUUAAGCACAUACGUUAUCCAUUAGAAGUUUUCUGUUUGAUUUUUUAAAUGUUUGACAACAUCAUUAACAUUAUGAGUAUAAAAUUUUAAGUAUUACGAAAUUUAUCUUAAGAAUGCAUUUUUUUUUAAAAUUGACGGGUCUUCAAAGAGCAAAACUUUAUGUAAUACUAAUAUAGAAAAAUUGUGUGUAUUAUAUGAGUGUUAAGUAUUAAGUUAGUUUUAUUUUGGUUAAUUUAUUGUUACCGACUAAGUAUAUCUGCCUUAUGUAGUACAAUUAAGUUAUGAUUAUGUAGUUACCAUUUUUGCUUACAUUCGUAAUAUUUACACAUUUCAUUAAUAACAGGCUUAUGUACUUAUUUUCUAACGGCCUCGAAAUGUUAAAGGAACUGGAAAAAAAUUGGUGCCCAUUAGUCAAGGACAGUGACCACCAUUCAUUGUACAAUCAUGUUCAAAAAUUAAAGUACACAUU